AUGGAAGAGCGUCCUUUGAUCAAUCCCGUCAAAGAUAAAGAUGAAGGAUAUAGUUCAUUACCUGCACCAAAUUCAAUAAUUCGAUCUUGGAGCUCGAAUGCAAGUGUUGUGUCUUCAGCAUCAGGCAUUGAUCUUCUCGGAGAAGAGUUAACAAGUCAAAAGUUUGGUCGUUUAUAUAGAAGGUACAUUAAAUGUAUUAAUCGUACAACAAGACAGACAAAACCUCGACAGGUAAUUCACUUCGAACAGUUUUUUUGUACCCAUGCACCAUUGAUUGAACGUCAUUUUUAUAGAAUUAUGGUUGCAGCUGAAAAUAAUAUUACAGAUAAAAAUGCAUUUGCUCCAGCCGUUUUAGAGAAAUAUAUGGCAUUUAAAGAUGAAAUUAAUAUAUUAUAUACACGACCGCGUUUAUUAUCUCCUGCAUGGUAUAAUUUUACACAAGAACAACAAACAACGAGUAAACGACGAUUAUUUGCCGAAGACUUAUGUGCAAUAAUUGAAAUGUUCACGGCACCAAAAUUUGGAAAUUUUCUCAAUUGUGUUUUAUCGGCCUUACUCAGUUAUCAAUUAUCGUGGCUUUCAACUGUGGCACCAUCGCGAGUGAAAUCGAAAUAUCAUUUUUUAUCAAAAAACAAAGCGGAUUACACGGGUUUAUUGCAACAAAUUUAUCAAUACAGUCCAUUAUGGGCCCAAUUGAUUGAUCUUUACAGUGCAUAUGGUCAACCACCUUGUAUUUGUCGUACGAUAAUUGUUGGUACAGAUCCGACAUUAGUAUCCCGUUUAUUAUAUUUACUUAGUUAUUUUAUUCGUCCAAGUUAUUUAACCUAUCAAGAACAAAAUUAUUCAUUAGUUACUACUAAUAACAAUGUCAAACAGACUGAAAAUGAUAAUACGAAUAAUUAUACGGAAUUAAAAAAAAAGAUGUCUGAUUUAAUAACUCAAGCAACACAGAUACAAAAUGUAGAUCCAUUUUCACCUGUUCAAAGUGAUGAUGAAGAUUCACAAAAUAAUGAUAAUAAUAAUGAUGAUUUUUAUAAUAAUUUAACCGAAGAUGAACAGUUAGAACAAGAAUCAUUUCAUCAGCCACAGUUAACUGAACAACAACAGUAUUAUCAAUUAGAAUUUUCAACUUAUAAUGGUGAUGAUACAUCAUUAUCAUCAACAAAUGAUGUUAAUGAACAAGAAAUUCAAGAUUUAUUAAACACAUUAAUUAUACAAAUUGAACAAAUACAGUGUAGAAAUGAACAAAAAACAUUAAUCAAUUCAAAUUCAAGUUAUACACCCAAAAAAAUUGAACAGAAAACGAAAUUAUCAAACACAAUUUAUCGUACAUCUACUCCAUCAGAUAAUAAUCAGCAGCAGCAACAAACAAUAACAAAUAAAUUAACAAAACGUAUCAUGUUAAUGCCACUAUUUGAACCACAACCAGUAACAAAAACUUAUGAUGAGAAUGGUACUUCUGGUACAUCGACAGAAUUAUAUGUUUUAAUGAAUUAUCAUAAAGAUCUAGCUCUAUCACUUAUUGGUUCUUUAUCAACUGUCUAUUCAAGUGAUUUUAUUCUACAAGGAAUUGAAUUACAUUCACCAGAAUCAUUAUUAAAACUAAGGCAAACAAUUAUUAAUCAAUUAAGACAUGAUAUUGAAGAUGGUGGAGCAUUUUUAAGCGAUGAAGCAAUUGAUGAGUCUAUUUGUUUAAUUAUAAAUACAGAUCAAUUAAAUGUUGAAUUAUAUUCAAGUAAACAUUCAAAUAUAUCAUUGAGGCAAGAAGCAACAACUGUCAUACAAACAUUAAUUGAACAAAUUAAAAUGAAAAUACAAUUACCAGCCGAUUUUUUUGUUUUGAAUUUAGAAGAUUAUUUACAAGAAAUUUAUUUUCUUGCCUUAGCAGUUUUGAAGUAUAUGAAAACACUUGACGAUAAGGCAACUCAUAGAGAUAUAUCUCGUCAAGAAAGCAAUACGAGUUUGGCUACAUCAUCAUCUACAGCAAAAUCGGAUAAUGAUAAUAAAAUUUCAAUACAAUCAAGUCACAUAUCAACAGUAUCUCCGUCCGAAACAACAAAAAGACGUUCGACUAUAAUACAAACUAACUAUUUAAAAAACAGUUCAUCGAUUGUUUGUGAAGUAAUGGAAAAAUUUCAUUUAAAACGUUCAGAUUGGUUAUUUCUUAAAAAUAUUCUAAAAUUGUUAGAAGAUGAACAAUUUCAUAUUGGUGAAUAA